UCACAAAGGACAGCUGCAAUAAGUUCAACAGCAGUUGAAAAGGGAUGAAAAUAAAACCGAGUGAUUGCGCAUGCGUACAAUCAGCCCGUUUGAAACUAACGUCUCAUAUUUCGAAAUAAAGUCUGGAAACACAAAAAGCACGACACGGCGCAACAUUGUAGCUGAGAGCUUAGGCUCGUGCGGACGUGUAUACGACCGUGGUGAAAAUAGUGUAACCAUUUUAAAUUGCGUAGUAAUAGGCAAUAUAUUAAAAAUUAUCAAUGUUUUCAUACAAUAACAGAAGUUUUCAGUUUCGCCUAAUAAAUUUACCAGCAGAUGUGAGACAAGAGAUUAAAAAACUUAUUUUGGACAACGGAGGUGAAUUGGUAAAUAUUGAUGACCGUUCAGUGCCGAGCUUUACAGUCCCCAAUAAAUAUAUACCUGGAAAGGCCAUAUAUGACAUUGCUUUUAUUAAGGAUUGUGUAAAGUUCAAUGAAAUACAGGACCUUCAUCAAUACAAGCUUGGUCCACAAAAGGAAUACGAUGGAUGUAUUAUGUCAAUAUUUUUAUAUGAAAGUCGAUCAUGUAUGCAGUGUGUCGGUAAUCCACGCCCGCAAACCUACAUAUGUUCAGCUUGUGGAUCUAGAAAUACUUUCAUAAUGCUAGAUGUAGAUAAUGCAAAAGAGCCAUCCCAAAACUCUUGUGAUACACUGAAAGAAAUAGCUUCAGAACAAUUAAGUGAGAGAGAUACUUCCAAUACACUAGAUGUAAGUGAAAGACCAGGUCCAUCCCACAAGUCUUCUACGGCAGACAGCGUUAUAGCAUCAGAAAAAUCAUACAAUAAGCUAGAUGUAGAUAAUGCAAAAGGGACAUCCCAAGACUCUUGUGAUACACUGAAAGAAAUAGCUUCAGAAAAAUUAAGUAAGAGAAAUACUUCCAAUAUACUAGAUGUAAAUCAAAGACCAGGUCCAUCCCAACAGUCUUCUAUGGCGCAGAGCGUUAUAGCAUCAAAAAAAUCAUACAACAAGCUAAAUGUAGAUAAUGCAAAAGGGACAUCCCAAGACUCUUGUGAUACACUGAAAGUAAUAGCUUCAGAAAAAUUAAGUGAGAGAGAUACUUCCAAUACACUAGAUGUAAGUGAAAGACCAGGUCCAUCCCACAAGUCUUCUACGGCACACAGCGUUAUAGCAUCAGAAAAAUCAUACAACAAGCUAAAUGUAGAUAAUGCAAAAGGGACAUCCCAAGACUCUUGUGAUACACUGAAAGUAAUAGCUUCAGAAAAAUUAAGUGAGAGAGAUACUUCCAAUACACUAGAUGUAAGUGAAAGACCAGGUCCAUCCCAAAAGUCUUCUACGGCACAGAGCGUUAUAGCAUCAGAAAAAUCAUACAACAAGCUAAAUGUAGAUAAUGCAAAAGGGACAUCCCAAGACUCUUGUGAUACACUGAAAGUAAUAGCUUCAGAAAAAUUAAGUGAGAGAGAUACUUCCAAUACACUAGAUGUAAGUGAAAGACCAGGUCCAUCCCAAAAGUCUUCUACGGCACAGAGCGUUAUAGCAUCAGAAAAAUCAUACAAGCUAGAUGUAGAUAAUGCAAAAGGGCCAUCUCAAAACUCUUGUGAUACACUGAAAGAGAUAGCUUCAGAAAAAUUAUGCAAGAGAAAUACUUUCAAUAUACUAGAUAUAAGUGAAAGACCAGGUCCAUCCCAAAAGUCUUCUAUGGCACAGAGCGUUAUAGCAUCAAAAAGAUCAUACAACAAAGACCCUAAAAGUAUCUCCGGCGAUAAAGCACACCGUGGUCCAAAACUUCGUGAAGUAGUACCGAGUACAUCAUAUGCAGUGUCAAGUGAUGAUUCGGAUGUUCAGGAAGUUCCUACAUUUAAGAGUGAUAAGUUACGUUGUAAACAAAAUGAUGACGACAAUAAAGAUUCAACUGCUUCUACCAUAGAGAUAGAAACUAGUAGCGACGAUUCUGAAGCAAAGCCUUACAUUACGGUCAAGGAUAAGAAAAAAAAUGCAUCGCAUCGCUCCAUGAGCAGCAAAUUGGACAUCACUUGUGUAGAAAAUAGAAGGCCUCUUCAAAGAAAUGUUGAUAUAAAGGACUGGAUAACACGCAUCAAAAAUAGAGCCAAAAUUAUGGAAAGACCCCGAACGCGGAACUUCGCCAUGUGGGAGAAAUGGCAAAUGUUAAUAUUCUUAAUUGAAAAUGACUGUAUUGAACGUGCCAAAGGGUAUGAUGUUUGGCAGCAAAUGAUUCGACAAAACAACUGGAAUAGGACAAAAAUGUCAUUGAACAACAAUUUUUUGAAAUCGAUACUACCAUGCAUUGAAACAUUCAAACUACCGAAAGAAUAUGAAAUAAGAUUUGUAAAUCUUAGAAAUAAAAAAUGAAAUUAAUUGAGUCUUA